GUUAGCUCGCGGUGCCACCCACUGCACGCCCAUUUAUAUUCCUUCGAGUCCUUGGUGAUUUAACCAAGUGAAUCCUGCCCUUCCGUGGCCACCGCCACCACCACCACCAUCAACAGCUCCACAGAUGGGGUCGCUUAGGUUCAAGUCCAUCGACAAGUGUAGCUCGGAAGAACGGUCGCAUCAGGCGGUGGCGGCUGAUCUCGACGGCACUCUCCUCAUCUCCCGCAGCGCCUUCCCUUACUUCAUGCUCGUCGCGAUCGAGGCAGGGAGCCUCCUGCGGGGCCUCGUCCUCCUCAUGUCGGUCCCCGUCGUCUACACCAUCUACGUCUUCUUCUCGGAGUCAGUGGCCAUACAGGCGCUGGUGUUCAUCGCCUUCGCGAGGUUGAGGGUGAAGGAUAUCGAGAUGGUGGCGCGCUCGGUGUUGCCCAGGUUCUACGCUGAGGACGUGCACCCCGAGACGUGGCGGGUGUUCGGUUCGUUCGGUCGGAGAUACAUUGUGACGGCGAACCCCAGGAUCAUGGUGGAACCGUUCACCAAGAGCUUCCUCGGGGCCGACAAGGUCCUGGGGACUGAGUUGGAGGUGACCGCGUCAGGGAGGGCAACGGGGUUCCUCAAGAAGCCCGGGGUGCUCAUCGGACAGCUGAAGAAGAAGGCGGUGGAGGAGGAGUUUGGAGGGAGUUCGCCGGACGUGGGCAUCGGCGACAGAGAGACUGACUACGAUUUCAUGUCCAUUUGCAAGGAAGCUUACGUUGUGCCGCAUGCAAAAUGGAGCCCGGUGCCCAAGAGCCAGCUCCUGAACCGGGUCAUUCUCCACGACGGCCGCUUGGUUCAGCUGCCGACCCCCCUGGUGGCGCUCGUCACCUUCCUCUGGAUACCCUUGGGCUUCGCCCUCUCGCUCCUCAGGGUGUACAUCAACCUCCCGCUGCCGGAGCGCAUCGUGUUCCACAACUACAGGAUCAUGGGCAUCAAGCUGGUGGUGAAGGGCGCGCCCCCGCCGCCACCCAAGAAGGGCCACCCCGGCGUGCUCUUCGUGUGCAACCAUCGCACCGUGCUCGACCCGGUCGUCACCGCCGUCGCCCUCCGCCGCAAGAUCAGCUGCGUCACCUACAGCAUCAGCAAGUUCUCCGAGCUCAUCUCCCCCAUCAACGCCGUGGCGCUGUCGCGGGAGAGGGACAAGGACGCGGCGCACAUCAAACGCCUACUGGAGGAAGGCGACCUGGUGAUCUGCCCCGAGGGCACCACCUGCCGGGAGCCCUUCCUCCUCAGGUUCAGCGCCAUGUUCGCGGAGCUCACGGACCGGAUCGUCCCCGUGGCCAUCAACACCAAGCAGAGCAUGUUCCACGGGACGACCGCCAGGGGGUGGAAGCUCUUCGACCCCUACUUCUUCUUCAUGAACCCGCGGCCCACCUACGAGAUCACCUUCCUCAACCAGCUGCCCAAGGAGCUCACCUGCGCCGGUGGGAAGUCGCCCAUCGAGGUCGCCAAUUACAUACAGCGUGUGCUGGCGAUCACGCUGGGCUUCCAGGGCACCAACUUCACCAGGAAGGACAAGUACGUGCUGCUCGCCGGGACCGAUGGCCGAGUGCCCUCCAAGAAGGAGGAGACCAAGGAGAAGGCCCAGAACGCGUGACCUCCAUUGCCAGUCUCGCCGCAAAGAUAAAGGUUGCAGCUACUGAUGCAUUUCUAUCUCCGAUUUCUACCUAUGAUGAUUCUUCUGUCUUUAAGUUGGUCCUCUUCCUUGCUGGGGGAGUUUGGCUCUUGUAAGGAAGUCUAUGCUCUUAUAUUAUGUUGAUGGAAUCAGUAUCGAGACUUACAAAC